GUAAUCGACUGAUUGUAUUGGUGUUGGGAUCUAAAGCAGACGACGCACAGUGGAUAGCAUUGUCUCCCCUAACCUGUGAAAAAAAGAAAGAAAGAAAAAAAAACUGCGAGCACUUGCAACAGCCUUGCUACUGGAUAGAUGUCUGCGGUGUUAUCACUGAUAAUGAACUGAUUUAUUAGCUUCUGACAAACUAGAACAACAAUGUGUGAACCAAUCUUUGAGUAUCAGUUCCGACUUAUUUUAAUUGGUGACAGUACCGUGGGAAAGUCGUCGAUUCUACGUUAUUUCACCGAUGGCAAGUUCGAAGAUGCAUGUGAUCCCACAGUCGGUGUGGACUUCUACGCACGUUUAAUGGAAGUAAAGCCAGGUGUUCGGGUGAAACUACAGAUUUGGGACACGGCUGGUCAAGAAAGAUUUCGGUCUAUCACUCGCUCAUAUUAUCGUAAUUCAGUGGGUGUGAUGAUUGUCUAUGACAUCACCAAGCGCAGUACCUUUGAAAAUCUGAGAGAGUGGUAUGAGGAGGCGAGGAACCAUAUAGAACCCCACAAAGCCAUUUUCUUGGUCCUUGGACACAAAGCCGAUAAGGAAGAUGCUCGUCAGGUCACUGCCAGAGAGGGUCGCCGGUUUGCAGAAAUGCAUGGACUGAAGUUUUUUGAAACCUCGGCAAAAUCAGGUCAGAAUAUAGAGGAGGCCUUCUCCCAGAUUGCAAAAGACACUUAUCAGCACCUGCAGGAUGGCCAUAUAAGGAUGGAGGAUGGUUGGGAUGGUGUGAAACCUGGAUUUGCACGUCCCCGGGAAACAGUUCACCUUGCUGAAGGAGAAGCUGAAGGAGGUGGAUGUUGUUAAUGUUAUCUUUUAAUUAUAGUUUUACAGGGAAAACUGUUAAGCAUUUUCAUGCCAUUUACCUUAGUGACCCAUGUUGUUUCUGAUUUAAAACAUUCAUUGUAUACUCAUUUGAAUAGGUUUGUGGAGAAAAAAUAGGCUUGACUGAUAGUUGACCCUGAACGAAGAAUGAAUUCUUUGGAUCUGAUUGCUCUGGUAAUUGUAAUUGUAACAGACAUGGUGCUUUUUUUUCUUUGGAAUGAUUAUUCCAUGAAAUCCACCUAUGUUUUUGCACAUCCAGUGUUAGUUAGGCCAGCAUGCAGUGCCUCAGUGUCUAUGUAGUUCAGGUAAUGUUUUAAUUUUUCUAGAGCAGGCUUCUCCUUACAGUGACACGUUAAAGGCUUGUUUUAGUGCAACUCAACAUUUCAGUGACCACUGUGCGGAACUGAGUAAUCUAACACAGAAAUCAGUAAUAUAUUGAUGGCUGUCUCUCUGUCACCCACAGAGGUUGUCAGUAACCUGUCUUAUUACUUGCCAUAAGCUUGUUUUAUCUCUUUUCACUCUUGAAACAUUAUGACUGCUGCCUAAAACUAAACAUUUAUGAUUUGGAAAGAAAUCUCAAGUAUUUUUGUCAGUUCUUGCCUCUAGCUUCUAAAAGUUUUUAAUUUUAAAAAAGAAAAAAAAAGAAGCAAAAUUUUGUUCACAAAUAGAACAGUUUUUUGAAUGACAGUGAUUGUUUUGCUUAUAAUAUCAUUUGUUAAUUUUAGUGCGUUUCACACUGUUUUGUGAACUAAGUAUGCUGAUUUUGUUUUGUAAACAUAUUUUUUUCCAUGUAACUCCAGGAGAUUUUUAUAUCAUUUCUUAUUAGAGCAUUAUGUAUUAGUAGAUGUGCAUGCCAUUUUUGUAAUAUCUUGACCAUGAAAUCUGAAUUUAUUCUUCUUUGUCCCUAAGCUUAUAUCCAAGGGGACAGCAUAAUCAAAAUCUAACAAAACUGUCAACUCCAGGUUCAUUCACCACUUUCAUCAAUUUUCAGGAUUAAGACAUUACAACAUUAUCUUUGCUGUCUAAAAAGAACAUGGCUAUAUAGGGUCCAGGGUAUUGUGCAUUAUUAAAUAAAUGGAAUUAUCUCAUUAUUUUAGAAGUUGUGUAAUACAAUAAUUUAAUCCUAAAAGUAGUUACAUUUUUGUCAUCAAAAAAGAUGCUCACAUUUUUUUGCAGAUGACAUUUUAAAAAUAACUGUUUAAAGAAGCUGUUUCAAUGGAACUACUAAGCCCCCAUCCCCAAAGACAUAACUCUUCCAAGACCUUGUCAAAGUCUAGUAUUUCUACCAUCUGCCUUAAUCCAAAGAGUAUGGUGCAUUAGUAAAGUUGAGACAUUGGAAUGGAUUAUCCAGUGAAUGAAAACUAGAUUUUGCAGUUGUCUGGUGGAAUUAGUAGAAUUGUUGCAUUUGUCUUAAGUAUAGAACCCCCUCUGUGCUGUACCACCAGCUUAUACACUGCUUAAGUAAAGACUAUUGCCCAUUUUUUAUUGGAAAACACUUUUUCAUUGGCAGUGGUAAACAUUAGGGUUUAUGCAGUCUUUACCUUUUCAGACAUCUAAAAUUUAUAUUUUUUAGAGGAAAUUAGUAAUGGACUAUUUGUAAAAAGCAAUAACAUUUUCAAAUGGCUGCAGUGCAAGGUUUCAGUGUUGAUAACAUUAUGAUUAAUAAAUGUGAGCUCAUUUAUUUAAAAUAUUUAUCUUGUAUUCAUAUUUUGUCAUUUCAGGCUUUAUCUAGAGUUAACAUACUUGAACGUUAAAGGCCUGGCUACGACCUUUCCUUUUUCUAAAUGGUUUGUUUUAUAUAAGACACAUUCCAUCUUAAGCUUUGUCCUUUGUCAGCUGGCUUGACAUUGGAAAAUAUAAAACUAAACAUAAGAGAAAUAAAGACAACUAAAGUGAAAUAAGGUUGUUUAUGCCAGGUUUUUCUUUAUUUGAUCAGUUUCUUUCAUCACUGUUUAAAACAUUUUGUUCCUAUAAGCUAAAAAUGAUGGUCAUUCGUAACAUUUUAUGGAAAUGUAAUACAGCUAAAAGAACCCUUCAGAUACAUUAUUUAAAAAUUGUGAGAUGAGGAGAGUGUGAGUGAGAAAGAGAAAGUAAGGAAGAGAUGUAAUGUUGUGAGUUGCCAAACUCCAGAGUUCUGCAAGAUGAGUUCACCCUCGAUCUUUCAUUGCCCAGCUGACUAAAACUAGUUUGUCUUCAGUAAGGUGAUCAUCUCUUACAUGGACUGUCAAAUAUUUGUGCCAAGGGGUUUGAUGUUCUGUGUGUUGAGUUGAGACCUCUUCAUGCAGCAUGCUUUUCCAAUAUUGCACAUGAAUUAUCAUGUAGUGUUUAUCAUAUCACAUAACUGUAAUACCUCUUAUGUACUGCCUACUUAAUGACUUCUCAGAAUUUUCAAAUUUGAUGUUCUUAGCUUGGUCACACUUGGGAUGCUAGAAUGAUAUUUCAUUUAUUGAAAAGUAUUUUUUAAAAAUUAAAUGAGAAUCAUACAUCUUCGCUGAUUUUCUAUUGUUUCCCAACAACAAAGUUUUUUUGUUUUUUUUAAGAGACAUUGGAUUGUAUGAUUCAACACAAAUGCUAGGUUUUCAAGUAAAUAAUUUUUUGAUAUCCGUUGUUUAAAUACAGGAUUUAGCAUUUUUCCCCCAUCCUAGAAUCUGUCUCACAUUUGAUCACUUGAUGUCAGUCAUAGUCAUUGAAGUCGGACAGCACUGAAUUCAAGCUAAAAUCAGAUUAAGCUGAAAACAAAAUAAUGUAAAGGUGUAUGACUCAUCAAUUUUCUUCUGCCAUUGACAAGUUAAUCUUCAUUGUUUUAUAUGAAACUUUAUUGUGUGAAACCUUGAACACAUCUUAUGACACAGUAGUUACAAAUGGGAGAAGCAGGUUUGAAGAAAUGGGGAUUUGAUGAGUGCAUGGAAAUGGGUAUGCUUGCGUUUAAUAAGUACAAAGAGAAUGCAUGUACAUAGAAUUUCAAGGAAUUGCACAGAGAUGUUUGUGAUUUUAUGGUAAAGACAUAGGCAACAGUAUGAGUAAAAUCAUUGGUGUCUGACAGUACUAUUGCCCUGUUUCUUCCUCCAAAUGCACAAUAAUUCUGAAACUUAUGUCUCUAGCAUUUGAAUAAGCCCAGCUUUUUAGCUUGUUGUAGCUGUCGAUAAAAUAUGUGCAAUAGUUUUGCUUGCUAUUUGCUGUUUUACAAGCAAUGCGUCAAGGAAUAUGAAUUCACUAGUUGUAGAAUGUGGCUGUUGUGAUGUUUUGCUGUCAUCAAAAAGUGCUGCAUUCCAAGAAUACUGAAAAGUUUCAAGAUUCAAUAUUCAUAUUUCUUCUUUUCUUAUUAAAGCGCCUUGGGUCUGGCUGAUUCUGGGAAAAGGCGCUAUACAAAUGUGCUAUUUAUUGUUGUAAAAAGGCAGUGGAAAGAAUUAAAUUGACGAAUGGUGUUGGAUGUUUUGGAAUUAAGAUUGGAAAUUUUUAAGUGGGAUUUUUUUUCUUGUCAGAAAUAUCGUGUAAUCUCCUCAUUAUUUUAGCAAAUUGAAGCUGAACUCUGAUUAAUAGUUAGUAUCAUUUUGACAUGCUAGCAACACAGUUUGUAAAACAAUUGUGGGGGAGGGGGACCUUUUUUCUGCCAAGGGCCAUUUGAAUAUUUAAAACACCAUACAAAACUACCAACUUAAAAAUUAGCCUACUAUAUUUGGUCAAGCCGUUGUUUUGCCACAGGGUGUUACCACUUUUGCAACAUGUACUCUCCCAGUCUGCCUGGCACUGAUUGUCCUUAGAGUCACUGCAAUACAGGCAGAUGGGCCACAGGCAGCCAACCUUAGUAUACAUGUUAAUUGCCCCAUGUAUUUGCAUGUGCCCUGUCUAUCCCCUAAUAAACAUCCCUUGCUGGACCCUCAAAAUUUAUUAUCAUGACUCCCUCAAAAUAAAUUUAUGUUGCUAUGAAAAAAACCAAACUAUUAUUGAAUGUCAAGUCCUGCUUGUGGUUGCCUUGGCAAGGCCAGAUGAAAUAAUAGGAGCAGGAAGCCAGACAUUCCCCAUCCUUGUUGUAAAAUUGUUUUCUGGAAGAUUUCUGCUUUGAUUUUUUCUUGUCUUAGACCAUUGACAGCAUUGGAUUAAACUAGUCAGGUAAUUGUUAUAGUUGUAUAGAUCCCUAUUGUACGCAGCAAUGGAAUUUUGCCAUAUAAAAGGAGCCAGCAGGAGACAUUUUUGUAUAAUACGAUUAUUUUGUAUUACUUUGUUUAUACUAUGAAAUUGAGGCUACUUAUCAUAAAUCUGCUUGUGGAAUGUUUUUUCCGAUCACUAUAAGAUUUUUACAAACAAAUUUGGGAAACAUGUUCCUUUUAGGCACCUUUGUUUUCAUUUAUAGCCGAAAAUCAUCAUAAUAAUACUGUUAGAGAUUACCCACACAUGUAAAUAUAACGUUUUAUGAAUAUUUAUAAGGAAAGUUUGUAGAAAGAUAUUAUUUAAGGAGAAUCUUUUUAUUGUCAUUAUUAAAAGACACAUUUAAAAAAAUUUGUAAGGGAUAGAGCCAGUAUGAGUAUUUAGUGAUUUUCUUCUUUAUUUUACAGUGUUGUUUGUUUUGAUAAAUUUGUAAAUCUUAGCUUACUGAUAAAUGUGACAUGUUGAAGAUGGUCCAUAUUGAUUUCUAUUCUCUCUUUAUACUUAUAUAUUUUGCUUAGGUAUUUCCAACACUUGCAGGUUUUAGUUUAUGAUCUAAAUUUGUGAAAUGUGAGCACAUUUACAAUUUUUGAUGUUUGGACUUUUUGUUGCAAUAAGGUGAAUUAGUUUGAGAUGAAAGGUUUCUUUUUUGAUGCACUUUGUUUUGAUAGUGUGUCUCCAGUUUACAAUCUUCAAGAUGUUAUUUUACAUUGUCUUACUAUUGCCAGUCUACUGCUAAUGAAGUUCAGCUGUUUUGUCACUCUUAUUAAUGUAGCAUUUUUCAUGAGCUUCCAGGACUGGGUUGUGAAAGCCAAGAAAUUUUCUAGAAGAGAGGCCCUCUUGUUUUCCCCAACAUAUUUAGAUGAGUGAAUGUAACCACUGUUAUUAUGAUUCUUUGACCCUCACAGAAUUUGUUUCUUUCUCCAUUACUUGUUGUUUCCUUUGCAGCAGGAACAUUAGGAAAUAUCAUAUGAGCUUUACGUCCUGGUUGAUAAAAUAUUGUUUAUGGCGAUGGUCAAUUUUUAUUUCAUGCUUUACAGAUUUUUCAUCCACUGUAUAAACAGAAUAAAAAGCACAGUUGAAAAUAUCUUUUCCAAUCUUCAGUAACCAUUAAAAUAAAGAUUACACGUAGCAUGAUAAGCACUUCCUCACGAAUUAGGUAUUUUUAUAGCACUUAAUGAAUUUAAAAAAAUUGUACUGAAUAAUUUGAUCAUAAAUUAUUAAUACUGCUGCAAAUUAUAUGCGGAUUUUCUAUUUUGCACAGAGAGAGAGAAAUCUAUCUUGGUCAUGAAUCUGCGCGUUUUAAGUUCCCAUGAUUAUUAUUAUUUUGAGUAUUGUGGGUUAUGACUUGACAUACAUGGGGGGAAAAAGAAUAGUGGAGGAAAAAGAACACUGGCGCCCUGAUAAGUUGUGUGAUACCCCAUACCCAUGUGACAGUUGACCCAGCUGUUGAAUAGGUACUUGACCUCUUGGAAGGUUCAGGAAGCAAAGGCAAUGAGCUGGAGGAGAUGGGCACCAUCCAAAGAAAAAAAAUAAAAUAGCCUUUAGAACGGUGUGGUUUGCAACGUCUCCCUUCCCAACCACUGAAAGGUUAUGGGGCUGCCGUCCUUUACCUUUUUUGCAGUAUUGAUAACAGUGCUCAAAAGUAUGUGACGUAAUAUUUUCCGGUGUCUUUUAUUUAUUGUAUGAUGUAAACAUAAUUAUUUGUGUUCAGUAUGCAUGUUUUGGAGCCUUGGACUUCUUCACUCUUUUAAACACUGGCCCACUGCCAUUCAGUUACAGCCAUGUAUAGUCACAACCUAGUACUCCUUCACACACUUGGGUUAUGAUUCAUGAAUAAGCCUCAGUUUGACUGUGUUUCUUAUAUUAAAAGUGAUCAGAAUAUUAAGUUUUAUUGUGUCAUAUAUUUACAAUUAUAUGUAGACAAGCUAAGACUUUGUGGCCUAGGGCAUUUUUAACAGCCGAGGGUAGCUUUGCUUUGCUAAGAGAACAAUUCAGACUAAGUGGACAAAGACAAAAAAGGGUAAAUAUUGAAAAUUUGUUUGUUCUGUUCCUCAGGCUAUAUUUUAUUAAGCUCUAUGUGUGUAUGGGGGGGGUAUGUGCGUUUUCGCACAGCAUGUUUAAUGUGUUUUCCUUAAAAUUUGUUUGCUUUUAGAUUAUUGUUGUAUUUUCUACUGAUUCCCUUAAGUUUAUUACAUCACAAAUAUGCAUGAAUAAUAUCUUUUGUGUUAACCGAGCACGAAACUAGCAAGUAAACUCGUUUCAUGCUUGUUGAUGCAAGUUUGACACUGCACUUUUUUUCAUGUAAUCUCUGCCCUUAACUUUAUUAGGAACUUUUGGUAUUUUAGGGAACAGAUUAAAGAGAAGGGUUAGUGAACUGAAUAUAGUCAUGACGAGUAAUUUCUUAUAGCUGAAAUAUUGUAAACAUUAAAAUUUUCAAUUUUUUUUUACCCGAAGUUACCAUCUUUAGCUAUGAAUAUUCUAGAUUUUGAAUGAUGUAUGUUGAAGUUUUUGAUGGUCGGAUUUUUUUUUUUUUCGGGAAGUACAAGAUGUCACAGUUUUGUCAACUGCACCUUUGUGCAUACAUUAAUGUUUCCCUUACCGUCGCUAAAGGUUCUUCUGAUAUUUUUGGAUGGUAAAUGGUUUCCCACACUUAGUAUAAUUGUGGAGAGUGCCAAAAGAAUUGUUCUGGUCGCAAAUAGUUCGAGCAGCUAGCAGUCUGUUGUUCCACUGCACGUGACAACCUGUCGCUAGUCAGCCGCUAAGUUCAAGGACGUACUUUGGGGCGUCGCUAGUCACUCUGGUGGUCGUCAUGGAAACAAAUAGUAUUUAUCAUUGCGUCAAUGAAGGGGAUAAGAAACAUGUUAGAAUAAGACCAUCUGAUGUGGAGAUUGCAAUGUCAAACUGUGAGCUGGUGUUGACAUGGUGUGAACUUGCGCUUUUGCAGUAGUGAUCUGUGUUCAGUCAACCAUUUUCUCUGUGCUGCAGUUGUCCUGCGAUAAGGAUAUUCUGACUAGACUAUGGAUGCAUGGUCAUGUCAAGUUUUUUGUUGUUGUUUGUUUUUGGCUUGCACAAAUCAAACUUUGCUUGUUGGUUGUGUCAAUGACAGAGCUCUGAUCGUUAUUAAAAUUUCUUGAUUCUCAU